AUGAAAGCCCUAUCACCAGAGGUGAAGACUUACCUUCUCGAUGCCUAUGCAAAAGCUCCCGAGGUUCUCUUCCCAAUGAUCUUACUGAACUUCGAAAUGAUUUACAGUGGGUCCUGCCAAAUGAUCGAGGAUCUCACAAAACAGCUCAACCCAUUGAAAUCUCAUCUGCUGCUGUUAUCGGAGGAGGUAUAUGGUGUUUUUGAAAAAACAGCGCUAAAGUUGAAAAAAAAACAUUCUACAAAUUAAAGCUUUUUUUUACCAAAAAAAAGUUUAAAUAACAGUUAUUCAAUGUAACAAAAUCAACAUCAACUAUUAGGGACUAUGGGCCGAGGAAUCGCCAUUUCUCUUUGCUUAGCCGGUUACGAAACGAUUCUGGUGGAACACGACGAAAAGGUGAGAUUUUAUUUCAGCCUGAUUAGAACUUUUUUGGCAGGCGCUGAAAUUUUGCCGCGACGAGUUGGAAAUCACUUACGCCCGAGAAAUUGAGCUGAAAAGAUUCAAUGCUAGGGAUGUCGAAAAACUGAGGUCCUCACUUCGGCUAACGACCGACCUCGGAACUUUGAGCCAAGUGGACUUGGUGUGUUAUUAACUGGGAGCAUGGAUAUACAUUGUCAUAAGUUUUUUUUUUUAGGUAAUUGAAGCGGUAUUUGAAGAAAUGAAUAUCAAAAAAGAGCUUUUGACAAAAUUGGAUAGAAUUUGCAAGAAAACGUGCAUUUUGGGAAGCAAUACUUCAAGUUUGGACAUUGACAAAGUGAGAUUUGGUUUGAACUAUUAAGAAAGUUUCAAUUUCCGAUGAGCUCCGUGUUGAAAGAACCGUCUCGGUUAGUUGGCAUCCACUUUUUCAAUCCUGCCCACGUCAUCAAAGUCGUCGAGAUCGUCUUCGGGAGCCACACGAGCCCAGAAGCCGUGGCGACAGCAUUUGCAGCUUGUUCAGCCAUGGAAAAGGUUAGUAGAGUUUGAUUUGAUAUCAUCGCACGAUUUUCAAUACUUAUUGAUCGAAAGUUCUUGUCUGCGCUCUCUGUUCUUUCACCGGACAGUAGCAAAAUGAAAAGAAGUCUCUAGAGCAAGAGCGCGGGCAGGUCAGAUCUGUUGUGGAUAGCAUCAAACGCAACCAGCUUUUUUAAAACUGAUUCUGUUUCAUUUCAAGUUUUUAUUCCCCAUUCCGCAAUCUGCACGACAAAUAUAAAUACAACAGAUGGAAAAAAAAACUGAAUAAAUCUAACAGUUCAUCUGAAAAUUUAAACUUGCAAUUACUACCGCAACCGAUUGGGAGUUUUCAAUUGUUAUUUAGCGAGUUAAUAAAAUUUUAUAUCUCUGACCAUGUUGAACGGUGAGGUCUAAAAAAGCCAGGAAAAAAAUUUUCUGUGGGAUAUGUCGGCGUAUCUAUGACUAUUUAAACUUAUAAAUCUUUUAGGAACAAAAAAAUGGGAAAAAAAAACAAAAAAAUUUUUCUGAAAAUUUUCUCACUCCAGCAUACACAUGAAAAAUCUCGAAAAAUUCCAUGAAAAAAAUUUUUGACGAAAAUAAUUCUAGAUGUUCGAAUAGGCUAAAAACGAAGAAUUUCCAUGUUUCUACGCCUCAAAACUCAAAAAAGGAGCCCUCAAACGAAAUCAUAGAAAAAAGAAAAACUGCAAAAAAAGUUUGCACAGAGUGGGCACCGAACCUAUGACCUCGUAAUCAUCAGUCCGCCGCCUUACCACUGCUCCUUGCUGCCGUUGCUUCGACGGUCGCCGGAUCGCAAUAGGACACCGCGCUCGCAAGCUCUUGUGUUAGGCGGGGCUUUGAAAGAUCAUAUCUGGGCUCCGAAAUUUUUUUUGUGAAAACCUCAAUGGUUUCUUUUGACCACAGGGACAAGAUCUAUAUACCCUCAAAAAACGAGCUCAAUCGGAAACACUGAAAUUUUCGACUUUUGAGGGUCCAUAACUUUUUUCACAGAGCUCCUCGGCAGUUUUUGAGACCAGAUUUAAGAUCAGCGUGAAAAACUACAUCUGGAAAAAUUGGUCUCAUUGAGAGGUCCCACUGCGACCGGAGACCAUUCCCUGGUGAGAAUGAUAAACUCAAUUUCAGGGCGCCGUUUUAGUUGGAAACUGUCCGGCUUUUGUUUUCAAUCGUCUUCUGGCUGUUUACUUGAACCAGGCCCACAAACUGACCUACCAGUAUGGAAUGACUCCUCAAGACAUCGAUCGGAUCGUCCUGAACUAUGGAUUUCUCAUGGGGCCUCUCACGAUGCAUGACAUGAAUGGUGCGUUGAUAGGAAGAAUCAUUCAUUUGGGAGUUUUUUGAGGUUUGGACGUUUCUGAGAAGCUCAAAAGGGAGAACGGGUUUCCCUUGAACCCCAUCGAGGAAGAGUUGCUGAGGAAAAAAAGAUACGGUAGAAAAACUGGUUAGUGAACCAAGAAAUAAUACUUUAAGAUCAAUAAUUGAAAAUAAACCUUGAAAGUGUGAGUUCAUUCAGAGAUUUUAUUUUCAGGCGCUGGAUUUUACAAGUAUGACAAAGAGACACAUAAGAAGGAGAACGACGCCGAAGUUGAAGAAAUCAUCAGAAAUUUUUCAUCGAAAGUGGAAAAACUUUCAAUUCAGCUCUCCUCAGAUCGAGUGAGUACUGAAUAACUGAAGGUUCAACUUUUUCUUGCCUUUAGGACGUGAUAGAGUUUUUACUCUUUCCGAUGGUGAAUGAAGGAUUUCUCUGCAUCGAGGAAGGCAUGAUUAGCGAAGAGAUGCUCAUCGAUAUUAUGUUGUCAGUUUGCUCGACCUAAUACUUAAUUUUGAGAGAAUAUCCUGUAAAGAUAGUCUCUAUCCUUGGUGAAAAGGAGUUAAAUGGCUUAUGUAAGUAGAAAAUGCGGUUUUUUUAAAAAAAUGAUUUUUUAAAAUCUUGCUUCGAAGAAUAUGCCUCAAAAGGUAGGUUCCUGUAAAUAUAAUAGAAUAGAACAGUCAAGAAAUAGACUUAAAUAGUAAAACGUUUUUUCUUCGAAAUAUAAUCUCGAGGGCAAAAAAAACCUAAUAUUUUAAAAUCAUACAAAGAAAAGGAAAUAUUUUCUCUAAGAGUUCCUACUCUUUCAAAAAUCAAAGUUUGCAAUGUUCCGAGACGUUCCAGCUGCGCUUUUCGUUCGCUCUUUCUCUUUAACAUAAAAACUUCCAUCGUGAGGUUUUUUCUCAAGAAACUCUGUUUCCAGCACUUUCGGAUUCGGCUGGCCGCUUCGGCACGGCGGACCAAUGAGAUACGGUCGUUUGGUGGGAAUUCAUAGAGUCGCCGACACGAUAUCCCACUGGCAUAACCUUGGUGAGACCUUUGAACAGCCACCGAGAAGUCCUCUUUUCCAGAACCAUCCGAACGGAGUUACAAGCUGUCUUCGACGCUCAACAACCUCCGGUCGAAACUAUGAGUGGGCAAGAGUUGUGAAAAAAUAAAUGUUUGCCACGGAGAAUCUCCGCCUCCGCAACUGCGAGCUCUCCGCGCACGGAGAGCCUGUUGACUUUUCCUAUUUGCUUAUUCACCAUCGAUUGUAAUCAGGCUUGUUCCUCCUGAAGUCUUCUUCGUAUUUUUGUGCACGAUGGCUGCCGGCUGGAAGCGAUUUACCGGCGAAUCCAAGUACCCGGAACUCGCAGCCAAUUCCACUGGCUCUGCGUUCACUUAUGGCUCGAAAAGAGACAGGAACUUCCGCAUGAGCUGGGUAUGUGUUUGGUCGUUGAUAUGCGAGAAUUUUCCUGAGUCUCUUUUUGAAAAAUCGCUACCUCUGAUGAGCGUUAUCAAUCAAAUUAAUGCCUAACCAGGGAACGUUUUUUACCCCCCGGUUGAACUUUUGCUGAAACUUUGUUGAAGUGUACUUUAGGAUCCCCCUGAUUCCAGAACAAGAAGAAAAUUUCUCGCAAUAGAUCUUGUUUCCGAAAUAUGGAGCUUCAAAGUGUGCAAAAUACGCAAAUUAGGCCAAAAAAGCGCUAUUUCGGGCUUUUGAAGUGUCCUAACUCGAAAACGAGAUCUAUUGCGAGAAAUUUUCUUCCUGUUCUGGAAUCAGGGAGUCCUAAAGUACACUUCGGCAAAGUUUCAGCAAAAGUUCAACCGGGGGGGUAAAAAACGUUCCCUAGUAAGAUAAGUAUGUUUUCAAACCUUUCGGGUAUAUUUGUGAAAAUCACACUUCUUGUGAAAUGAUUGAAACUUUUGAAAAUUAUAGCACUUUUUCUUAGGGUGAAAAGAGAGAGAGCGUCGGACUUGUACUUCUUAGUUUCUGUAGUCAAUAUAAACUGAUCACAUGAAAAAAUCCCAAGUUUUGAUUUAGAUGCACAAAAAAAGAAACAAAAAUUUUAUUUUUGCCCUUCAUUAGGAAGAUACCUCUACGAGUUAAUGAGUCAAGUAAAAGAAAAAUAGCUUCAAAAAAGUUUUUAUAUGGUUUUUUUGUCACAUAAGCCAGUUUUAAUCGAAAAAAGUUUUGAGACAGCUUUCUGUUUUCAAAUAGAAGCCGGCUGUGUGCGACAAGAUCAUGUGGAACUGAUCAUGAUUUGCAAGUGCAGCUGCAAGGAAGACGUAAUGAGCAGGCCGAGACCCAGAUCAUCGACUGGCUCAACUACGUCACCGCCGAACACGUUUCCCAUGACGCCAAUGAAGCGCUGGAGCAGCUCCACGAUGGAAAAAUUCUUUGCAAGUGAGCCCUUAUUUUAAAAUUAAAGUUCAAACUAUCAAACCUAGUUAUUUUUCGAUAAAAAACUCACUAGUCAGAGCAACAAAUAGUUUAAACUAGGACAGAAACCAGAAUUUCAUGAUCCACAAAAUAUAUCUUUUAUAAUAAUACUUACUAUGCUGUUAAAAGAAGAACGAUCAUUUCUAACAUACGUUCUUAGAAUGUCGAAGUUCAAUCUGUUUCCUAAUCGUUAUGAAACUUCGAAUCAACGGAAAAAAGUUUUUUUUUUCUUGAUUUUUUUUUCUUGUGAUCAUUGUUUGUGUUGAAGAUUACUGCUGCGAGUGAACCCCCGAGCACUUCUGCGACCUGUCAACCAAAAACCCGCACUUUUCUCGGCUACCGAUAAUAUCAGCAAUUUUCUGGAAAGUUUAGAACAGCUAAAUUUUGAGUAAGUCUGAGAGGAUUGUGACCGAUAUCAACGAAUCGAGUUUACAGAAAAGACGAACUUUUCUCUCCGAAUGUCCUUCUGGAAAAGCGUGACCUUUCCCCCGUGAUAUCCACUCUUCAAAUUUUGAAGCAACGCGUAAGCUUUUUUUACUUUCACGAUUUUUAAAGAGUGAAUUGCAGGUAACUGGAUGA